AUGGAGCCGCUGCCCUACCAAGCGGGCUGGUGCAUACCCGGGUACCGGAUGACCAUCAAGAACACCAACUGCGUAUUCAGAAGGGGAUUCGGUGAUAUCUCCGAGACACGCCGUGAUGCCGCUGAGCCCUCGCGGCAGGCGGCGCGCGUCACGAGCUUCCUCGAGAAUGGCGUCGGGUCCGACAUCGCCAAGCUCAAGGAGCAGAUGCAGCACCGCUGGGAUUGGAUCUGGUACAUCGACCUGUGA